AUGGCUACAAAAGAAGAGCGAAUCCAAAAAUUGGAAGCAAAUAUGCAGGAGCUUAAGGCCAUUGUCAAGAAGCUCGUGACAUCCCAUCAAGACUACGCCAUCUCCAUCAAAGAACUGGAACGUUCCUUGCACGAGUUUAUAGAGAAUUUGUCAAAAACCAAUGGUGAAACUUCACGGAACAACUCAAUGCAUAUUCCAUCGCCAAAGUCCACCCAAUUUUUGAAAUCAGACGUACCACCGGCAUUUGCAACACCAUCGCCUUACCACGCCCACCCAAACUGUGACCCAAGACACAAACUAGUACACUGCAUUGCGCAACGAUUCAGAUGGAUGGAUCGGACACAGAGUUGGGAGCUUUUCUCUACAUUCCAGGCAGAUCGGUGCGAUAAUUAUGCCUUAUGCGGCACAUAUGCUACUUGCAAUAUCUAUCACUCUCCUGUAUGUGCAUGUUUGGAAGGCUUCUUACCCAAGUCUCCGAAAGAUUGGGAUUCAACAGAUUGGUGUGAUGGGUGUGUUCGAAGGACUCCUUUGGAAUGCAAUAACGGAGAUGAUUUCCUGAAGCGGACAGGGCUGAAAUUGCCCGACACAUCUUCUUCUUGGUUUAACAAGACCCUGACCCUCAAGGAAUGCGAAGAAUUGUGUUUGAAGAACUGCUCCUGCACAGCAUAUUCAAGUUUAGAUGUCAAGGGGGGAGGAAGCGGUUGCUUGCUUUGGUUUGCUAGCCUUGUUGACAUUAUAGUAUUCACCGAGGGAGGACAAGAUCUCUAUAUAAGGAUGGCCGCUUCAGAAUUGGAUCAUCUUGAGAAAAAGAGGCACUCGAGCAAGAAGAAACUAAUAGCAUUUAUAGUUGGGUCAGCAUUUCUAGUUGUGGGAAUGACAAUAGUUGCAUUGGUCUCAUUCAUAUGGAAGAAGAAACUCAGAAACCAAGAAAUGACGAAAAGAAAUCAGAGGAAGGAUUGUGACAAUGGAGGUGGGGAGAAUGAUAUGGAGUUACCGAUAUUUGAUCUGGCGGCCGUAGCUAAUGCCACAGAUAAUUUUUCAAACAACAACAAGCUAGGAGAAGGUGGCUUUGGCCCUGUGUACAAGGGUAUAUUGCCAGACGGAAGAUAUAUAGCUGUGAAGAGGCUUUCAAAGAAUUCUGGACAAGGACUGAAUGAGUUCAAAAAUGAAGUUAUCUUGAUUGCAAAACUUCAACACCGUAAUCUUGUGAAGAUUCUCGGUUAUUGCAUUCAAGAAAAUGAAAACAUGUUAGUCUAUGAAUACAUGCCCAACAAAAGCUUGGACUCCUUUAUUUUUGGUUUGAACCUUGACCUAGAUCUCAAAGCUAGCAAUAUCCUUUUAGAUAACAAUAUGAAUCCAAAAAUUUCGAACUUUGGCCUGGCUAGAUCAUUUGGGGGAGAUCAAAUUGAUUCCAAGACCAAUAGGAUUAUUGGAACACAUGGUUAUAUGUCUCCCGAGUAUGCGGUGCAUGGACGGUACUCGAUAAAAUCUGAUGUAUUUAGCUUUGGAGUUUUAGUAUUAGAGACAAUGAGUGGAAAGAAAAAUAGGGAGUUUUGUCACCCAGACCACGACCUUAAUCUUCUUGGACAUGCAUGGAAACUAUGGAUUGAAGACAGGCCAAUGGAGCUGAUUGAUGAAUUGGAAGGUGACUUGUGCACUCUAUGUAAUGUGCUACGACACAUUCAUGUGGGUCUAUUAUGUGUGCAACAAAAACCAGAAGAUAGACCGAACAUGUCAUCUGUGGUUCAAAUGUUGACCAAUGAGAGCUUAUUGCCUAGGCCAAGGCAACCGGGUUUCUUUACCGAUCCACUUGAAGCAGUUCCUUCAUCUAGCAAGCAAGCAACUUGUUCAGUAAACAGAAUCACCAUUACAUUGUUGGAAGCACGGUAAAUAUCAUCAAAUUGAGAGCAAAAACAGAGAGUUCUUUCUUUUUUUUUUUAAUGAAUUUCUAUAUUUAAUAAUGGUUUCAGUUUAUUUUGAUGAACAAAA